CAUCACCUUCCCCUCUUUUCAGGGCCAGAAAGGUAUAUUAUCUGGUUGGAAUUUCCUCAGGCCUCCCUUCUCUCUUCUCAACAUCCGGCCCAUCCAGUGAAUAACCAGAGAAUAAUCUGGGGAUUCCCCGUGGUGGUCAACCGCAUUACGGACUCUUAAAGUCUUAUUUUGUAUUUAAUCUGCUCUACUUAUCAAUAUCCCAGCAUGGGUGUCAUUCGUCUACCUCGUCCAACGGGCGUUUACGUCCCCAGCUCUCCAAUCCGCAGUCUUACUACGGAAAUGAUCUCUAGUCCCCUCUCCCCCGAUUUCACUUUUGAUUCAGAGACUCUUCCCCCCUCAGUUCUCCCAGCCCUCGGCUACAUCUCCUCCAAGCUCGAGCAGAAAAUGAUGCACGUCACGUUGCUAGUAGGCCGUGGCAAGCCAUACCCAACAGGCCAGCCAUCUGAUCUGAUGGUAAUCCCUAUCGACGAGCUUGACCAACAAACAUGGCGGACAGUCUACCGCGCCGUGGUUAAAGCCGCAAGCAAGUUCUCACUCGGCCAGAGCUGGACCGACGCCAUAAACCGCAGUCAAUACGAGCGCCAGGCCAACGAGUACCUGGUCCAACAAUCGAUCAUGCAGAACGAGGUCAUUUUCAGCCGAGAAGGCCUGACUUUGCUCAACGUGGACCGAAUCUACACAUUCAAGCGCAGACUGUGCAUCCUGUCCAACCAAGGCAGAAACCCCGAAGCGUCCUGCGUCACGUCCUGCGUGCAGCUUCUACAUCGUACCAUCGAUGAUUUCCAAGGUCGCCCGUUUAGUAAAGCAUUCUUCCACCGCGUUUACGAGCAGCUAGAUGUGCGGGAUGAACUCCUGGCCCACAUCGCCCAAACUUAUAAGAAACAAUUCGGCCAGGAGGGAAUCAUCUUGCCGCCACGGCCGCUAGCUGAGCACAGCAGCCGGAACUCCCCGAAGCGCACCGUUCGCGCGCGCAGGGAGCCCAAUCCGCCGAGAUAUAGAGCUGUCCCGACUAAGCGGGGACCUAAGACUCCACAGUCGGCUUCCGAUGUGACGCCUAUCACGAAAAACGAAUGGAACAUUCUCAUGAACUCCGAUCUCCGUAAGGCUAAGCCAACCGUCACCAAGUGGACGCCGUCGCCGACCGUUCUUGCCGCGGCUUGAUUCGAGGACUGAACGGCUGGAUGUCUUCCGGCAUCCCUUGCCUUACUGUAAACCUCCAUUUAUACCGUGAAGUUGACAGAGCUAUGAGCCUGCAACUUCAGGUGUUUUUGCUUUGAUAUGGCGACAACAUCCCGAUGGGAUAGUUGAAUCGUCCACCAGAUGCCACACGCCAAGAAUGACUUUGGCCGAUCCCAAGUGGACCCAGUCCGUCAUCGGCGAACCGUCCAACUCGGCCUUUGGCUGCCUACCUCAUACAGCCGCCUAUCAAGUAUACAGAAUAGGCUCUCUCAAAGAGGGGUAUACCCGACAUGGAGGCGUGAAGUGAUCAUGAGAUUGGUAUGUGGAACUCGGAUUGUGGCCAUGUCCACUCCGCUUACACUAUUCCUCUCAACGUGAAGAGGGUCGUGUCCAAGAAGACACAAUGUCAGAGCCUAUAGGGAGCCUAAGGCGGCGACCACGUGACCUGACCACAACACCAAGGAAUCUCUGUAUAAUAGAUUUAGACCUUAAGAGAACCAAUUCUACACAUGUGAGCUACACCAGCUCUAUCACACAAUAGGUACAUAGUGUUAAAAAUAAAAUUGACACAUUAUGAA